CGGCUUCAGCGGCGUCUCUCGGCCCGACCGGGCCCCGAAGCCUCGGAGCGCGCGAUGCCACCGAGGGGGCGUCUUUAACUACCCAUUUUUUCUCGGCAGGGAGCUGGGAGGUGUCGCUUACGCUUCCGAAACCGACGGAGAAGCGAGCGGCGAAAACACGUGUCCGUGUCCGUGCACGGAAAAAAACGGACAUUUUCGUGUCACGACCGUGAAUUUUAUUUUAUGCGCGCGAAUUCGUGCUCUCGCCGCUUCUCCGGAAAUUUUGUCGGUUGCGCGUUUACGGUUAAAAGUCGAAUUCAUCGUUGUAGCAAAACGAUGCCGGAUUCGGUGCGAGGGGCACGCGCGGAGCCAGAGACGGGCCUGGGGCGAGAGCAGGGGAGGGAGAAGGACGGAGCGACUCGUUGGGACGGUAAUCCGGCAUUCGCGUGUCGGGGGGGUUGUCGAUCGGUCCGCGUCCUUUCCGGCGGUCACGCCGGUCACGCCGGUCAGGCCGGUCCUCUAAAUAAACGCGAAAGCGUCAGAGGGAAAGUUUCGCGUCGAAAUUUCUCAUAGCCGGGAGUCGAGGUCGUCGCGGCGCCCCGGGGCGUUUUAACGGAACUCCGCCGACUCGUUACGGGACGUCGUCAUCGCCGCGAAGAAUUCGCUCUACGUGCCCCUGCCUUUCGUGUUUCUUCCUCGAUCCUUGACCGGAUCGCGUGUAUCGGUGAAGCUCGAAUCGGCCCGAGAGUCGCCAUAGGCGCUCCGGCGUUCCCUCGAAACGGAUCGUCCGUUGGAAGUUUUCAAACGUCCAGCGGUGGGGAGUCGGAGACUCGGCCGCCAGGUGGCGCGUCGAUCGCGAAACCCCGAGGCCCCGGGGUCCGGUGCUCCGGCGUGAGGGGGAGAGGGACGCGGACGGCCCGGGCGAGUGCGGUGGGGUCGGCGGCGCCAAUGGAAGAGGAACGUGGGAACGGAGGUCCGGCCCGACCGGCUCGUCUCCGCGACGACGGACCGCCAUAGAGGAAACUCGGUCUCGGCAAGGACGAGGAGGAGGUGGCGAGACAAAGGCGACGGGAAUCGCUCGCUAGAGAAGAGAAGCUCCGGACGACGGCGGGCCCCGUCGCGACGCCCUUCCAAUUCCGGAGGGAGUCGUCGCUCGCGGCGCGGGGCCAGGUAGAGAGGGGAGGACCGGUCGUCCGGGUAUAGCUCGGUGACGUCACUCGGCGCGCGAGUCGCGUGACCAGUCGGCGCGCUCGCCCCGACGCGCCCUGACGCGUCCCGACCGCUCCGCCACGGCCAGCCGAGUCGACCGGAGGAUGAACGACCCGGGGACGGCGGUCCCCGACCGCGAGGGCCGCGGGACGGCGUCUCGGCCCCCGCUGUCGUCGUGAUCGCGGCGGGAAGCUGCGAGUGCUAGUGCUAGUGCGAGUGCGAGCGCGAGGGACAUCCGUCGCGCCUGCGGACAGCGGCGCCGUGGACGCCGACGAUGGGGAACCACCCGUCCGCCCACCAGCCGCUCGAGAGGGCCACCAGCCACGGGCGGAAUGGACCGCGACUCUCGAAGCGAGAGAGGUCGCCGGGGAAGAGGAUGGACCGACUCCGGCGAAGCUUUCGCGACAGUUUCCGACGGCGGAAAGAUCCUCACGUCCCCGAGUCAAGCAAGCCUCAUCAAUGGCAGGCCGACGAGAGCGCGGUGCGCUCCGCGACCUGCGCCUUCCACGUUAAGUACCUGGGAUGCGUCGAAGUGUUCGAGUCGAGGGGGAUGCAAGUCUGCGAGGAAGCGCUAAAGGUACUCAGGAAUUCGAGACGAAGACCAGUCCGGGCGGUGCUCCACGUAUCCGGAGACGGUCUUCGCGUCGUCGAGGACGAAACGAAGGGUCUGAUCGUCGACCAGACGAUCGAGAAGGUCUCGUUCUGUGCUCCCGACCGGAACCACGAGAAGGGCUUCAGCUACAUCUGCAGAGACGGAACCACCAGGCGGUGGAUGUGCCACGGGUUUCUGGCCUUGAAGGAGUCGGUGAGUCAGGACCCGAUCCGUCCGGCGCGGGCAGAAGCGCCUCCGAGCCUCCCUUUGUCGGUCUCCUCGAGAGCGCGCCUUCGGUUCCAGGGCGAGAGGCUGAGUCACGCGGUCGGUUGCGCGUUCGCCGCUUGUCUCGAGCGGAAGCAACGAAGGGACAAGGAAUGCGGAGUGACGAUGACCUUCGACUCGAAGACCUCCACCUUCACGCGGAGCGGCAGCUUCCGACAGCCGAGUCUCACCGAACGGCUGCAGGACCCGCGGGAGCGGGCCGUAGACGUGCCGCCCGUCAAGCAGGUGUUCAAUCCCUUCGCCAUCGAGAGGCCCCACGCCACCCCCUCGAUGCUGGAACGCCAAGGCUCCUUCCGGGGGUUCACGCAACUCAACCAGGCUUCUCCGUUCAAGAGGCAGCUCAGUCUGCGGGUCAAUGACCUCCCAAGUAACCUUGAACGUACACGCAGCCACAGCCUCGAACCUACGGAUCUCACGCGCCUGCCACCUACCCUCCCGCACGUCGUGCCCUUGAAACCUCCAGUGAGUCCCAUUCCGGAGAUAUCGCCGAGAGGUCAAGACAGCGUUUCGGCAAUGUGUCAACAGCUUUCCAGAGGCCUUUCGCUUCUGUCGAGUAGCGACGAUUUCGGACCCCCGGCUCCACCGUCUUCCGUGAGCUCGGUGGCCAAGCAGCUGUUCGCCAGUACCAGUCCUCCACAUACUGGUGGUAAUUCACCGGAAGACACGAAGCAGCAAAACGGCAACAGCGCCAACAUCAACAACAACAAUAACGGCGACGCGGACAACAUCAAUCACGUGGGCUCCAGUUGGCAAGAAGCUCCUUCGCCCGUUCCCAGCGCGAAUCACAGGCUGACCCCGGUUCUGAACAGAAGCUGUAAUUUAAGCCCAGUCCUCACGCCCAGAACGGGCAUUACCACGACAGUGGUCAUGAGCACUCCGGUACCUGGCGGCGCCGUGGGAGUUUUUGGUACUCCGCCGAAUCCCAGUCCAGCUUUUAGCACGGCGUCGACGUCGUCUCUGGGUAGCGUUGUCACGUCGGCGGCCAACAGGUCGCCGAUUCCAGUUAACUCGCUAACGCCCAUCGCGACGUCCCCCAAUGCCAGCGUCACUUCCGCUUCGCCCAUUCCAAUCACCGUCGUCAGCACCGUCCAGGUGACCUCGCCGGUCCAGCCGGUGUCCACGCCGCCCAGCCUGCCGAAGCCAGAACAGUGGCUGGGGAGCGUUGCCGGAUCAGUGCCCCCCGCAGUGCCCUUGACGAUGCCGUCGGUGUCGCCCGUACCGCCGGUGUCCCCGGUACCUCCGGUACCUCCGGUACCUCCGAUGCCCCCGGUGCCCCGGAGUCCGCGACGAGCGCCGCCGCUGCACACGAGAGCGCACUCGCUGGGCUCCGCUGCUCUGCCCGCUCCCAACGCUCCCCGGGGCCCUUCCGAUCCCUUCGACGCCGAAUGGGCCGAGAUCGCGGCCAGGAACCUGCGCCAGUCUUCGACGACGAACCCCUUCGUCGUGUCUAACGCCACGCAGGCGUUCCAGGUGCAGUUGUAGCAGAAGUUUGCCGAGGACGUCGCCAAAUACUACCGGAUGAACGCAUAGUGACGGUUGCCGGUUCGGUCGCGCUCCGAGCAUGCGCGCGAUCGGAAGUACUACACCUGAGUGACCCGGGUAAGCGCCGAGCUGAUAAGUAGAUCCCCUAAGCUAAGAUAGGAAGAGGGAUGGACGGACGGUUUGCUGCUACGGUAGCUCGUCGAUCCGCUCCGGAAACACGCAAGAGUUUUGAGUUCGUGGAUCUCUCCGUUUCUGGCCGGUCGUCGACGAACUGCCGUUCGUUCCCUAGACUGGAAACUUCUUGGAGAGUAGUCCUAUCGUGCUGGCUAGUCAUCCGCAGGUUCCUAGAUUCAAUUUGACGACCAGGUAUUAACGUCAGCAGCGUCGAGACUCGGGGCGGUGUCUUUCAGUCGGCCGACGAAUCGCUUCGUUUGCGAGGACUCGGCAAUCCAAGUAAUGCAAUUUCGAACGGACGCGACGAGGCGGCAGCAUUGCUUCUAAAAGAAUAAUAUAUCGUUGUUCGUUCAGCAUACGCACAUUUCUCGCCUCGGGGCGAACGAUCGCAUUCGACCAAACGGCAAAAAGCCGUACAAAGCGAUCGUGGCUUCGAUUUGUCGAGAGUAGUCCGUAAUGUACCUUAGAGAUAACAUUGCUCGGUAUAUUCAACGAGUGUUAUGUGAGACUUGGCGAAUACGAUAGGUUUAACUAAAUGUUUUCGGGAGUAAGUCAAUACCUCAUGAUGUAGUAGAUCAGUUUCCAUAGUUUAGGACUGUCCAGGAAGUGGCAGUUUUUGUGCUUUGCACGAUAUUAUAAUAAUUGUACGCACGAACAAAUUAUUCCGCACUUGAAGAGGAGUUGGAUCAGGGGUGAAUUUACUUGGAUUGUGUGUUCACGUAUUGCACACGGGCCGUCGCGAUAUUUACUUCCACUCAGUAACGGGGUUUAAUAUAUUAGGUUAACCGACGAAUUAAUGGGACGCGAAUCUUUUCUUCCACUUUCGUGGACGUCUCCGCGUCGCUGCUGCGUCUUGACGUACAUUGCCGUAACUGCAUAUUUUUCUUAGAGACGAAAGAAAAUUACAAAGGGAAAGAUCACAAAAAUUAUAAGAGUUCUAACUGGGCCUGUUGGUUAAAGUCGUAUUUAAUUUUUCAACGCGUUUCAAUCAGGUUUCAAUACGGGACUACGUUGUGACAUCAACAAUUGGUUCUGGAAUAUAGCUUGAACCGAAACUAGAUGGCCGCAAUGUCUUUAGCACUUCCGGUGAACGUUUACGGACGAAGACGGACGCAAAGAUUUUGAGGUUCUCGGACUUUGGUUGAUUUUCAACGUCGAAGGACUGUGAUAACACUGAAGGGGUUAGUACUUGAUGCAAAUGCUGGGUUAGAAGUAUCCCUUCGACUUAGAUUAUUAUUGCUCAAAGUUCACAAAGCGUUGCAUUCGAGGUAGAGGAGUGGGGUAGAACGUCGCGAGUACUUAGUGCGCAGGUAGAAAUUAACCUAACUCAGCCUGCAACGGCAAAAGCAUAGAGUAGCUACUUAAUUACGGAUCACUUAGGUGUUGAACGGUUAGCGAAAAAGUACAUUUUAAUAAACUACGUAAGAGGAGAUACACGCACACGAGGAGGUCAAGAUAUCGACGUACCGCCGUGCCAAUAAAGGGAAUUUAAGCAAGCCCGUAAUGAACUACAAGAGGGAUAAUUUCUCGCGGCUGCCAGUCUGUCGAAAUUGCAUUACACCCGUUGAAGCAGGAAAACAUCGAGCGAACCGAUCGGCCGGACCGAAAUUGGCGAGACUGGAUCUCGAUGCGAUCGAGGAGGGAUCGGACGCGAACGCGUCGGUCCAUCCCCGAUGCACGCAAUGUACUUACGUAGCGUAGAAUCGUUCAACGGAACGCGAGCGUAGACAUUCGAAUUCACCGAGCCAGCAGAAACGUAGUAGAUGUAUAUUUGACGAAAGAAUCGGCGACCUUAUUCACUGGUAAAGUUGCGUCGAGACGGAGCGAACGAUCGAUUCGCCACAACGUUACAUCCAUAUUUUAAGAAGGACUGUCUUUACGAUUCGCCUCCUUUCGAUAAAUCAGUGCCGAAGCUCUUUCCACGACUGUCUCGUUAGAGUUCGGUAGGAUUUUCGCCUUCCUAUGUAGUAAUUGGGUUUUCGAGGGCCAAUGUCGGGUUCUCUCGAAAUUGCGGGUCUUGACUCUGAAGUGACAUCGCGGAGAUUCUUCGCUCUUGGCUUGAAGGCUAGAAAGCGAUGAUUACCGCGCGGUCAUUGGCUGCCAGCUGGAGUCUAACCGAGUUAAAGAAACGUAGUUACGAUGAGUUAAGGAUAACGUUUCGUUGCCGCGCGUCCAGAUUAUCGGGUUUUUGACGGCGCGAAUGAUCCAACGAAACCAGCAAAUUCCAUUCCAGCAAAACGAUCGUUUAAAAACUUUUCCUCGGCGAGUGCCGACGUAGCGCGAUAUGUCCUUCUUAAAUCGUGGUCACACCGCAAGCCUUUCGCGCCGAGAGCACGCAAUUUACCCUAGUAUUACAUUCCGCAUAGUAUUUGCAAAAUGGCGGCGUACUUUUGUUCUCUUACUUUCUUUUUUCGUGGAGCUGCCAGCUCGGGUGCCGAGUUUUGCCGGCAUAGGGCAAAGGAAAACCCAUCCUUUUGUAUGUACGUUGCUUACGGACGUUAAGUUUUAAUGGCCGUUGCACCCCGGUAGGGAGAGGAGGAUACGAAGCUUGGUAGACCAACGGGACCACUCCCCGGAUGGGUCGUCAUCGGGGGAGCGACGAGUCGAGGGGUUAGCGCACGGUGUCGCGCGAAUCGCUAAAUUGUCGGUGGUACGAGGGAAGUGCAAGCUAGUACUUAAUGCCGAGUACUUACGAGACCGUUAGUAAUCGAUGUACUUAAGCGUCGCUCGGUUUCUUAACGCGAGAUACUUGAACGGUGAGGAGACGCGUUUCGCAAUUCCACCAAUCCGGGUUCCUUCGCGUUUCUCGUACGACGAACGGCAGAUUGUAAAUACGUCGCGAUCGGUAGAUUUACGUUUACCAUAACUCUCGUUAUUAUUCAUUGUUAUCGUAACAUUAGUUUUUAUUAACAUUGCCAUCCGUUAAUGCGUACGUCACGAGCACGGUACGAGUGUUGAGAAAAACGGAAGAAAUCGAUUCCGAUCCUCCGUCCUAGGCUAGUUGGAGACUUUCCGUUUCGUUUCCCCGUGAGGUCGACUGUCGGUCUUGAAUUUAACCUUUCUUUCGAAUCAGCAAGAUGGUAGAAAGGCGUCUCGUCUCCAUCAUCGCGGCCGGUUCGCCCGAAGGAGCGCGUCUACCGGAAGAGUUCCGUUAGAAAACGAAGUCGGACAUCGUUCGACGUGGCGGACUUUUGAGUUGGAUCGGACACCGUGGAUGCGAAUGCGCCUUCGCCACAUUCAGAAGCCUCGACUCUUGGAUGUGGCGCGACGUGUCCUUAGACUUUGGCGUUCUGUACAUAUAAUCGCCGAUCGAUUCUUCAAUCGUCGUACGAUAUUCAAGCGUGUAUAUUUCGUAAAAUAUUCUUGUUUAUUUUACAAUGUAUCAGCCUCUGUAAAGAUACGGUUUAUUAUAAUAUCUGUUGUGAUUACGAAA